CUCUGCGGCGCGGGUGUGCCCGUUGCCGUGCUCGCGUCCUGUCCGCGGUGCGCCCCGCGGCGUAGCGUCGCGUCGUCUUGUAGUUCGCGAACCUCCUCAGCUCCGCGGUGGUCGCGCCGUGCGCUUCGCAUCGACAGUGCCGGUCUCGGUUCCCCGAAGACAAGACACCCUUCUGCAGUGCUGCAAGUCGUCCCGGGGAAGGCCAGCGAAUGGCCCGACUUUGAGCGGGGCCUGCCGACUGCCGGACUCCCAGACUUCCGUACUCCCGGACUCGACUCUCACCGACAAGCCAACGAACAGCGCCAACCAUGGGCAAGAGCGGCAGCAAGCUCAAGCCCAAGAACAGGAGCCAAAGCAUCGUGUGGAGCUUCCGCUUCCCGUCCAUCGGCUCGCUGUCCCGGAAGAGCAAGGCGAGCCUGUCGCAGCCCGUCGCCCGGCCACACAUCGACACGCAGCGAUGGCUCUCCGUGCUCGACCUGGACCAGUACGGCGACCUCUUCCGCAAGUUCGACGGCGUCGAGGAUUUGCUCCAUUUCAACGAGAGCGACAUCAAAGAGCUCGGCGUUCGCAACUCGUCCCACCGAGCGAGACUCAUGUCCAGUCUCGUCGCGCUCAAAGCAAAAUAUGAAAAAGGCACGAGGCGCGUCGACAAGGCGCAGAGACACAGCGUGGCCGUGGACCCGCGGCGCCUCGUCGACCUCAACGCACAUGCGGACAUCCUGGUGGCCAGCAACGUCACCCAGAGCAAGAGCCUAUGUAACAUCACGAUGGACGAGCCCGCCGGCGACCCCACGGCGCUGCGGCGCCUGCUGGAGUGGGAGCUGUCCCUGGACUCGCAGGACCUGCGCUCGCACGCCUGGUACCACGGCGCCAUCCCGCGGCACCGCGCCGAGGAGAUCGUGGACCGGCACGGCGACUUCCUGGUGCGGGACUGCGCCUCGCAGCCCGGCAACUUCGUGCUCACCUGCCGCAGCAACGGCGCCUCCCUGCACUUCGUCAUCAACAAGGUGGUGCUGCAGCCCGACACGGUCUACGAGCGCGUGCAGUACCAGUUCGAGGCCGACGCGUACGACACGGUGCCGGACCUGGUCACCUACUACGUGGGCAGCGGCAAGCCCAUCUCGGCGGCGUCGGGCGCGCGCAUCCAGACCCCGCGCAACCGCCUGUACCCGCUGUCCUUCUACGCGGAGAAGUACGCCUUGCAGAGCAUCGCGGGCGUCACCGCCGGCAUGUCCCCGAUGACGUCCCCGCUGAGCGCGCUCCCCCCGCUGACGCCGGGCUCCAGGAUGUCGCCGUACUCGUGCUUCCGCAGCCCGUGCACUCGCCGCCGCGGUCGCCGCAGCCUGUCGCUCACGCCCGGCGAGGUGCUCAACGGCCACGCCAAGCUCACCCUCAGCCUGGCGGACCGCGCGCGGCCCGAGGACCACGGCGGCAGCGCUGACGUCGUCCACGCCAACGGGGCUGCGAACGGAACCGCCAACGGCACCACCCCCAGCAGGUUCUCCACGCACUCGCUGCCGCGCAGCAACGGCAAGCUCUCCACGUGCAAGGGCACGUCCACCAUGCCGCGGCACGGCCACGGCGCCGUGCACGCCGCCCACAACAAGAUGCUGCGCGUCAACAGCGACCUGGAGGGCGUAGCGUGCUCGCCCCGGGACGCCGCCAACGCCCCCAACGCCGUGCCCGCCACGCCGCUGUCCGACAGCCCGCCCCCCAAGCCGAGCCGGGUGCCGCCCGCGACGUGCUCCACCCCCGCACCACCCGGAGCGGCCGCGGAGGAGGACGUCGACGGCGACGUGGCGGACCUCGGCGACCUGGGCGACACGACCCCGGUGUCCGAGAGCGGCUCAUCGCUGGCCUCGGCCGCGGCGCUGCAGCGCGCCGCCAUCGCCUCGUACCACGCGUCCGGGUCGGACUCCGGCAACGGCUCCGGGUCGUCCGCGCAGAGCUCCGCCGCCGGCGACGUCCCGGACUCGGCGGCGGCCGCGGCCGCGGGUGGCAGCGGCAGCGGCACGCUCAAGCGCGGCGUCAUCAUCUACCUGCCGUCGUCGUGCUCCUCCACGACGCUCAAGGCGUGCGACGAGGGCGUGUCCGGCCCCGGCGUGGCGGCCGCCGACCUGCCCGACCUGCCCAGCGCGCUGGACCCGGACUCGUUCCAGACGCUGCUGCUGCCCUCGCUGGAGAACAAGCCGCUGGACGCCACCGCGCUGCAGGGCAUCAAGAUGAUGCUGCUGGAGAGCGGGUCCCGCAUCCUGGCCAACCACCUGACCAGGGACGACCUGGACCUGACGCUGGCCACCGCCGCGCCCAACGGCCAGCCCUGGGACCAGGGCCUGGGGCUGGGCAUCAAGUCCGGCAUCGAGCUGUGCUGCCUGCCCGUCGGCCGGCAGCUCAGGACGGACCUGGUGGAGAGGACGGAGUGCCUCAAGCUGCUGGUGGCGGUCACCAUCCUGACGUGCCCCACGGAGACGGAGCGCGCCGAGCUGCUCAACAAGUGGAUCCAGGUGGCCGUGGACACCAAGACCGCCCUGGGCAACCUGUUCGGCUUCUGCGGCAUCAUGCUGGGCCUGUGCAUGCCGCAGCUGCAGCGGCUGGCCGCGACGUGGCACGUGCUGCGGCAGCGCUUCACGGACAGCGCCUUCAACUUCGAGGCCAAGCUGCGGCCCACGCUCAAGAGCAUGAACGAGUGCGCCAACCCGCAGGCCCCCAACACCACCAUCCCGCACCUGCUGCCCUUCCUGCUGCUCAACGCGCGCCCGGCCGAGGCCAUGGUCUCAGGCGCGUCCUCGUGCGGGGUGCCGCAGUCCACGCUCAACGCGUGCAUCGCGCCCUGGGAGUCCUCCACGUCGGACUUCGGCCUGGGCACCAUGUGGGCGCACUUGGAGGCGGCGCGGCGCUUCGGCGACUCGAUGCCCACCUUCCGGAGGAACUCGGAGAUCGUGCUGAGCGACUCCAAGGUGGACGACCUGCUGCUGGACGCGUUCCGCACCGAGUUCCACCUCAAGUUCCUGUGGGGCUCGCGCGGCGCCUCGGUGGACGCCGAGGAGCGGCACGCCAAGUUCGACCAGGUGCUGACCGUCAUGUCGGAGAAGUGCGAGCCGCCGCUGCCGCCCGCGUCGCAGGUCAUGCCGCACGCGCACGGCGUGGCUGGGGGCGUGCCCAGCACGCUCGGCCACCACGCGCAGGGCAUCGGCACGAGCGUGUAGGCCACCCCACGCCACGCCCGCAAGAUUGUGACAAUACACACGCGCACACGCAUUUUAAAGUUUUUACCCCGGUUCAUUCGCAUAUGGUUUCAUGCAAAAUAUUUGUUUGUUGAGGGGGGGGGGAGUAGAAAACACAUUGAGAGCCGCUCAGACUAAAAGCUUUUUAUUGAAGCGAUGCGUACUGCUAAAAUGCUCAAAGAUUUUUCAAAAAUAUUCCUAGGGUUGAUGUCUUAACUUCAACGAUGACAUGUACUUUUAUCGUAUUUUACAAUAAUGUCUUUCCAUAAAGACUGUUUGAAUCAAAAGUUGACUUUCUGGUAGUUUCCAUUCUUCUUAAACUACCAAAUCAGGAAUCUAGGUCAUGUAUCUAUGGCAUUUCAUGUGUGCUAAUCUCUAGAACAGUAGAGCUGUAGAAUUUGAAACAAAAAAAAAUUCAUUAUGAUCCAAUGCCUUUGUAAAUAAGCCUAGAAGACUUCACGUUCAAAUCCUAGUUAGAUUGCUUGGAGCACUUCCUGCUGGCACCAGUGACCAAGUAAUGUCAAUCUGAAUCAGAAAGUGUAAUCAAAAAUGUCCAACCUUCAUGAAAUGGUAUUGACUUGUAGCUUUUAUAUAUUUCCAAAGAAUUUAUAAGCUUAGACUUUGAAAAUUUUUUUAAUUUUUUUUUUUGAAAGAGCGGGCAUCGACCGAUCUUUAUGUAAAUUUCUAUGAUUGUUUUUGUUUGUUUUUAAAUCUACCUUUCUACAUGGACUGUUGUGACCAAAACCCUGGUCAAGGUGUGUUUAAUUUUUGUCUCAAGUACUACCAUUAUGUUACUUUCAGAAUACCACCAAGAAGUUAUCUCUGAACUAUGCAUUGUUAUUGUGGGUAAUAACAUCCCUAAUCUAGUCAAGUCACGUUAUGUGAUACUAAUAAUAAAUUGUUUUUGAUUAUGAUUUUAUUUAUUUAAAUGUAUAUACAGAAUAUGUGAGACUUUGUACAUUGAUAUAUAACGUGUAAAUGUGCCAUGGCAUAAGAAUAAAUGAAUGUCCCCGUA